CUCAUCGUUAUGGAUGGCUGUCAUGGAUGUGAACCUAAGCGGGCUGAUCUCGAGGAUAAACCUAAGGAUUUAGGGUGGAUUACCAUGGAAUAAUGUACCACCGCUGUCUAUGGACCAACUCGCAACUCUGCAGCAUCGUUUUGAACGAAACACACAUUUGACAGUAUGGCCUGCACUGUGCCAGUGACAAGGAGUAACCAUGUGUGGACCCCUGUGUCCUAGUGCCAAGUGGUCAGGCUGUGCCGCAGCUUACCUAGCCAAAGCGCAUGGCCGAAGGUGGAGUCGAGCUAACCUCACAGGCACCCUAUGUACUGGCAGAGUACCAGUCGCUUGAUGGCAUCCUUGCUCCGAUCAGAAACCUCACUAGGGUCAAGUAUGCCUGCUUUGACGCUUCCAAGCGGUACCUUGCCUUUGGGGCUACAACUGGAGAUGUGUUCAUGUUCCAUCGAGACACCACUGCAUACAUUACUACAAUCACAAACAAGGAGGGUGCAGUGUCACAGGUUGCCCUGGCACCAGACGACUUUGUCCUCGGCAUCGCCACUAGUCGUGGGCACGUUGUCGUCCUGGAGCACAAUGCCAGGAGACCCACCGUGCAGGCACAGAGGCUGCAGUUGUCUUUUGAGCACAAGGGAAGUGUGGUCACAUGUCUGGAGUGGAACGGUGUGGGAACCCGACUCUUUGUCGCUGACAAUACCGGAAAAGUCUCCGUCCUCAAUGUGUCUACAUCCAAGGCCAAGAGUCUGUUCCAGUCGCCACCGAGCACCCUGAUGCGCUUAGACUCGAAAGUUGUGCAACUGAACUUUGUGCAAGAUCGGCUGCUCGCUUCAACACUGACGAGGUGUUAUCUUGGUGAUACAAUCAGGGAAAAGUUCACACAAGUUGGCAAGAAACUGAGGGAUGGCGAGUUUGGUGGCUGCUUCUACCCAGGCAGCAAGCCUCAGGACUCCAUGUGCAUUUACGCAGCCCGUCCAGGGUCUAGGAUAUGGCAGGCUGAUCUCAAGGGCAGCGUGCUCAAAACGCACCAGUUCAAGGAAGCUCUUGCCAUCAAUCCUGUCAAGUUAGUUACAUAUAGGUCCGAUACUGAUGCUCUUGGAAGCACCGCAUCCUCAGCCUCAACAACAGCAUUUACUAAACUACUCCCCAUAUGGGCAAGCAAUCAUAAUUCUCCAUUUCUGAUAUCAUGGAGUUCCAAUGGCCUUUAUGUAAUUAAUCCACAAGAAGGAGAGAUAGUCCUAUGGAAUGACGAGCUGAAAGAUGUGAAAGAUUUGAGGUGUGUUCGCAACAACAUUUACAUCCAGUUGCACAGUGGUGAAUUCUGUACCUGUUCCCUGCUGACGCCAGUGCAGGCCGUCUUGUGCUUCCUACAGCACAGCCAUGCAACGCUGUGUGGCCAGUUUCUCUGUCAAAACCAGCUCUUUAUUCCCAAGCCAGCCUUUGAAAAAACCGUGCCGAGCGAACUGUGCUUCGAACUCCACGACAAACUGCAGGAGGCUGGUCAGAUCUCGCUGGCUGCUUCUGUCGCUAAGGUUCUCUUGGACAACUACGACAUCGACGUCACUAAGAAGCCAGCCAAGCCAAAGGCCGAUCCCACAAAGGAAGACAGUUUAGACUCGUCAUUGUCUAACCGCGCGCACGUCUCUGUCGAGCGCGCGCCGACAAAGCGGCGCAGCAGAGAAGCCCAAAAAUCCAGAGAUGAAUGGGGCGUUGCAUCUCCUCGUCACGUCCGCUGUCACUCGUCAGAGCCCGUCAAGACACAUGUGGUGUACAGCCCGAGACCCGCGCGAAAGUCGGUGAGGCGGGGGAGCGACCCUCCACCACCGAGCACGAUAGACAAGACACUUCUGGCAGAGAGCUCUUCGAAAGCCAAGCCAACCAAGGCCUGCAGUCCAACGCUGGCUCGAAGAACCAUUGGCCCAUCGAGCGCACAGAGAGAGAGAAGCCUGAGCCUGGACGCACCUCGACAGGGAGCACACGAAUCUCAGCCACCGCGAACACCCUCGGAGAGGCCACGGCAGCUACCAACUGCAGCCAAGAGUUCCACGCUCGUUGGCCUCAGCGUGGGAAGCCGAGAUCAAAACAAGGGCGCAACAAAAGUCAGCAGCGGUUCAGGCAGGGAGACGCCUGAGGACACCGAAGGGUCGCCGACUCCGGGGUGCUCUGUAGUCGAGCGUGGCAACAACAAGAAGGCUUACGGGAGUGCUCUGCGCAUUCUGCCAGCCAUUCCUGCAUCACCUCUGGAUUCGCCCAUGAGUCCGUUGGACAGGGUCGACCCAGAGGUGUUGGCCAGCAUGUAUGCCGAACAAGACGUGGGCUAUGAAAGCGUCUACCAGUACCUCAGCUUGGGCGUCUAUGGCUCGAGCCUCGUACCUGCUGCCUUCACAAUGCGGGGAGCUGACCUAGCUCAGCUGGCCAAUGUUGCUGAUCUUGCGAAGCUUCGAGAUACGCUUUCAUCAAGGAUAUCCAAUGGAAAGGACACCAUAUUGAAGAAUCUCCGUGGCCUGGAAAGCAAGUUCAAGUACUUUUCAGUGGACCAAGCUGCAGACGUGGGUCUCACAUCUCCAUUGUCUGUGGUACCAGAAUGCACUCCAGCUGAGCCCAACUCGAAGCCAGGAGAAAACUUCAGCAAACAUCUGACUCCGAAGGAUGAGUUUUGGUCCUUCCUUCCUGGUGUGAGCAGCAGCUUCAUAGAAGCAACAUUGCGGGCAAGCGCAAAUGCAAAUGACCCUAGCAUAUUCUACCAUGGUCCCAGCCUUGUCAUGGUCCUCGAAGAAUGGCUCGAAGCUCUACAUUCCACUCAGAUUUCCAUAGUCAACCAGAUAGUGUCCACGGAGUCUGCAAAACUUCCCCCUGUUAUAAGCCACUGUGAUAGUGUACAGAAGUCUCCCGACGAAACAUUCUCUUCUCCGAGCUCCCAGGGCGACACCAAAAUCAGCGCGCAACUGAACCUUAUCAAAUCCAUCUUUACGAGCGAUCCAUUUCGCCUGCCCUCUGAAGUGGCUGAGAAAGCUCGGGAGCUGGCGAUGCUGUGCUUUCAAACCCGGACCCUCGGCACCGUGGAACGAGUUGCCGCAAAGGUGUCCGAAGUCGAAGGUCGCGAGAAGCUCGCGUCAUCGAUGUACAACGGCAGCUCCGCCGCCACGGACGUGAAGCUCUCCAAACACAGUAGUACAAAUUCACUCGGGAGCGAGGACACUUCGACACAUUGCGACCUCAGUCUCUCGAUGCGGUCCUCGGCAUCCGAGAAGUACGGGUUUCACCUCUCUGAUAUGCCAACCGUCGACUCCUGCAGCGAAUCGGCCAUGUUCCAGAGCAUGUCAUCGUCUUGCGGUGGGCUCUCGAUCAACCUGGACUUCCGGCCUGAGGAAUCGGCGCAGCAGCCCGAUGCGCCCUCUGUGAGGAAGUCGUCUCUCAGUCAGCUCAGGCGAGAGACAAACGGUGACGGAGCAGAGAGUGCAAAUCAGGAGCGGGGUUGCGAAGAACUUGCCGCUGUUUCGAAUGCUUCGCCCAGUCAGUCACCCCUUCGGGAGAACGAGAGUAUCGGCGUGCGUGAAGAUGUAGCAGUGCCAACGGAAGGCUCUAGUGUUCUUAGAGAUGAGCGUUCGGGUGCCGUCGGUAUGAAUGGUUUUGCGUCGUACGAAGCAGCGAAUUCAUGCCAAAGUGUAGCAGGUGAGGGUUUCACAGGCCAAAGAAACUUGUCAGUUUACAGUGAUCUGUCGCCUAGUCAGGGUUCUCAGAGUGAAGCUACGUCGGUGUCCUGGAUGCCAAUGAUUCCACAGAGUCAGGAGAAGACAGAGUUGUUCAAAAACCACGUGAACGAUGCCAAAACCGCACUCUUCAUCCGGUAUUACUUUCACCUCCUCGAUCUUGAAGCUGUGUGGGACGUUGUGCAACUAACGGAGAACCCAUGUUUUGAAACGUGGAGCGCUGUGGUGUUGGGUGUGCUUCAAGAGUUGAAGGCACGACAUCGAAAUGAAAGUGGUCCUGAACAUCUGGUCAUCAUCGCUCAGCAGAUGCAAAACAUGGCCACUCAGCCAUGGCUGCUCCUGGCCUACCUUAUGCUAUUGCACGAGGCGGCACAGGACAAAGCAGCAGACACCUUCACCAAGAAAGCCAGCAGCCUGUCAGCAAGAGACAUCCUUUACUUCACUCAGCUGUGCAAGAUGGAAUCCCAUUUUCUCGGAGCCAUGCAGGGUGCUCUAAGCUGCUUCACCUUGCCGCAGAUGCUCUCAUCAUUUCGCAAGUACCUUGAGAAUGAAGAGGUUCGAUGGGAGUGGGUGACGCAGUGCUUGCAAUCUGUAAAUAAUGAGUGCCUCAAGUGUUCCUGCGGAGCUCCGAGCUACAACUCGCACAAAACUAACUGGCCUAUGUAUGAGCACUUAAAAGGUGUGUUGUGCAACAAGGACUGGAUCUCCCAGAAAAGCUUGGAGCUCUGUCGGACAUAUGCGUUUUGGCCUGGCUACCUCUGUGCACUGAAGCACUUGGGCCAUCGGACAGAGCACCUUGUGAACGUGAUACAGUUGGGAGAUGCCGAGCUGCUUAUGUCAGACAAUUUUCUAGGGUUCGUGCCAGAGUCCCCCCAGGAAUGGAAGUUGGCGAUGGAGUUGGUCGGGCGCCACCGCACCGAGAGGGUCGUCGUGGUUACGUGCCUGUCGUGUGGGAAGCCACACAAGUCGACGGAGAGCCAGACACCGCUGACAUUGCAGAGCGUGGCGCAGCGCAUGCUGGCAUCUCUUGGAUUCGAGCAGGCAGCUGUUGUACUCCACGAGCUGAAUCUGCCUCGCAACUCCUUGGGUCAAGGUUUCUACCUCGCCAGUGUGCUUCUAACACUUAUUGAACAGCAACAGGCUGCUUUGAGCCACCGCAUGUUGUCUCGCCUGGAGAGCUAUGUCUGGUCACGGAGACCCGUCACGCUGCCACCUCAGGUUGCGGACGUUCUCGACAGGGAGAAGCAGGGUCUGGCCGGCCACGAUGACCUGACCGACGUACAGCUACAAGGAUCAUUUGUGGAGGAGCCUGAAAGCCACUGGGGCGGCAACAUUCCUCUUCUCUCAAAUUGUCUUCUGUGCGGGCUGCCUCUGGGAACUACUGUUGGUGCGCAUGCCGUCGUUAUGUGCCACUGUGGUCACUGCUUCCAUGAGAGCUGUCUUCCUAGUCCAGGAGACUUUUGCGUAAUCUGCAGCGAGGAGGACAUCUGGAAGCGAUGAUAGCGUUUGUGAUGUUACGGCACAUUUGAGCCCGACGAAAUGGCUGCCCGCCGUGCGGCCAAAGCAACAGCGCCUUUAACUCCUGCCAGCAUGCGCCUCGUCAGAAGGAAGUGUUCGUCGUCCGUAUUUUUUUUUGUUCGCUGUGUACGUGCAUGCGUGUGUCGAGACAAUGGCAAUAGCGGUACUCAGUGCCAUGUUGUGUGCUAGCCCUUGAAUGUCUGCUGUGUUGUCCUCAGGCUGCUGUGUGCCACGUUUCGGCACCGUUGGCAUUUUUGAUGAAAGUUACCUGUUAGCCAGUUCAAACCACACGGUAGUGAGAGACCUAUCCCCCCUGUGAGAACCUAGAUGUUGUUUGCUUUACAGCUUGUUGGCAAAUAGAUGGUUUGGGCAAUAGUAGUACAGGCGCCUGUGUACAAGUGGCAGCCACGUGGAAUAUUGUUUGCGACAGUUUCCGAUGAGCCAGAGAACCUGAAACACCCACAGUUGUCGAUGCAGCGUUAUGCAUCUGGAAUAAUUAUGGUGUGUCGUUUUUCAUGGUGUGUUGUUCUUGCUGAAAUCACUGACAAAUAAUGUUUCUCGAGACUACUUCGCUUGGCAGCCACGUAAAGAUCAUAUUUCAGCUGCCGUCUUAGCCUGGACAGAGUACGGUGCAGAAUAAAGACACACAUUUCACGUGGUUGCCACUUUACGCAUGACUCCCAUUUUCCCUAAGAACUGCUUAUUUUUCAUCAUGACAUGCAGUGAAGCUGUGUCUGAUCUCUCGAAGGUAACAGUAUUGAGACUCUGAUCCUAAUGUUUUGGGGGUGCUAUUUUAUCGCGAUUGUCUUGCAUCUGUCACAGGGCUCAAGAAGAGAUGGUGGUAACGAUUUAGUUCCUUUAAGUUAUUUUUAAUUGAGAGUAUAUUUUUAUCUGCGUAUAUCGUAUCUGCACUCUGUUGAGUGCCUUGAACUGGUUCCUGUCGGUGAAUGGACCUGACUUACGAAUUUUGCUGGUUCAAGGCGAUGAACUCUAGCUUACAAAUAUGAGCGCAAUUUUUCCUGCUCUAUAGGUGCUUUUUUUUUUACAGUGUCGCAAAUGAAUCAUAUUUUAUGUUAUCUAAUUACACACAUUUAAUGACCUUGCUGCUAAAGAUACUCUUUGCCAUACUUUUAAUAGUUUUAUGUUUGUUGCAUAUGGUCUUGUGUUCAUGUGUGAGCGAGCAACAUUAAUUUUAUGAAUCGUGUUCUUAACAUACAUCGUCGAACAUUAUAAUGAAAAUUGUUUGCAGUAAAUCCGGUACUUGCCAAUAAAUUAUACAUGAGUUAGUGAAAAUGGGUCUGCGAUGUGGCCCACGCAAAAAUCAUUCAAGGUGCUGUGCAACAAUUCUAAAAAGAGAAAUACAUUCUGCUGCGAAUUCCGGACAUCAUUAUAAGCGCAUAAUUUUGUAGUCUGUCGCUGAAGUGUAAAGGCUGCCACUGUCAUUGCCAUAAGCUCCUGUGCUGCGCUUAUGAACAAGCCAUGUGAGCUUCCUUAUGCUGACAGGAAAAAACUGGAGCACACUGUCUUGCUGUUCAUGCCAUUUUGUUGGCUGUUUUUCGUGUCAGCUGUUGUUGUGCAUUGUAACUAUACCUGCUGACAUUUUGCUACGGGAAUCUAGGGUGUUGAUUCUUGCCAGGGGCGUAGCCAGAAAUUUUUUUCGGGGGGGGUUCAACCAUACUUUAUGUAUGUUCGUGCGUGCGUUUGUAUGUGUGCGUGUAUAUAUACGCAAGCAAAACUGAAAAAUUUCGGGGGGGGUUUGAACCCCCCCAACCCCCCCCUUGGCUACGCCCCUGAUUCUUGCUGCCAACAAGAACUAGUGAAAGCGGGCACGUUUUUACAGUGAUAGUUAUGGACCUUACACUUCUGAGGCCUACUGCACACUUAUGCAUUUGGUAAUCAUUUUAAUGCAAGUUUUGUUUGCCAUAGGAAAUACCGAAUCAGGCCUUUGGCUCUUUGGCUUUGUCAUAAUAAUUCAUGUUGAAGUAUACAGUGACCAUUGAUAUUGCUUUAUCGUGUCCCAUAAAUCGCUACAUCAGCAUUUUUUUGUAAUGGAGCCCUACUGUGCUUAGGGUUGAAUAUCAUUACAUUUCCUUUUUCUCAUUUCUUGAUAAGGUGACUUUUCAACAAAAAAAAACAACGAACAAGGUACUUUUCUUUCUAGUCUCACAAUACACUAUACAGGCCAUGCUAGAGCUUAGCUAGAAAGUCAUUAACUAAGAAGUAGGCUUGUGCGAAUAUUCGAGCACUUCGAAUAUUCGAACGAAUAUUACAGUAUUCGAGUUGGCUUCGAAACGAAUUUAAAUUCUAGGAAAUUUCGAAGUAUACUAUAUAAACCGCAUGUAACCCCCUGUAAAGGUAGUUUCACUGCAGUGGAGGUGUGCUACACCGUGAACACACCUUUCCAGGAGAAAUUUGCACUGCCACGAAGCUCCACUUCAAGUUUAAAUGAACAUACGGUAAAACCUCGUUAAUUCAAAGUCACUGGGACUGUGAAAAAUCUAAUUAAGUGGCUUUUCGAAUUAACCAAACAUACAAAAAGCGGGAUGCAAGGAACUUUGAAUUACUGGAAGUAAUCAGAGGUGGUCGUUCCUACUAGUUUGCGGCUACAAGGGUUAUGUUUUCCAGCAAUACCUGGUCCCAAUUUUGCCGCUUAAUUGGGGAAACGGCGGGCCUCGCUGCUGCCAGUGCAAGAAAAAAGAAAGAGGGGGAAAAAAAACGGUCUCGUGGUCAACUGAAAUGCGCGCCUGCAGGAAAUACGUGCUUCGCUGCAACACAGUGGUGACACGCAGGCAUGUCACCUGCUCCUCGCAGCGUCAGCGCGUCAUGAUGCGACCAUUCGUCCAUUCUUUCUGGUAAAAUAAAGAAUUUAUUAAUGACCAGUGUGACAGAAUUCGCGAUGUGUUCUGGGUGGAAAAGAUGACCAUUGAUGUUUUCGAACUGAGCUUUCGAAGUAAGCGUUGCAGGUACUCCGCCAGCAGUGCAAGGGCGCAAAUUGCCGGAACAACCGCCAUUCGGAGGUUCGCAUACAUCGCGAGUUCCGUCAGACCGCCCUUUAUUAAUUUCUCUAUUUUCCCAAAAAGAAUGGGUAAAUCAUGACUCGCUGACGUUCAGAGAAGCAUGCGUCAUGCUGCCCGCGUGUCACAGCUGUGUUGCAGUGAAGCACGUUUUUUCCGCAGGCGCGCAUUUUAGCUGACCACGAGAACGCCUUUUGUUUAGUUUUUAUUGCGAUAGCAAUUAUAUGGACAGUCUCGGCUGAAUUUUGCCGUCGCCGUCGCCGCCGUCAUGCACCGUAUAUGUAUAAGUAUGUAUAUAUAUACAAAAGCCCCAAAGAAAAAUAAUUCAGAAAAAUGCUUCCGAAGCGCGGAACCGAACCAGGGACCUCUUGCUCCGCAGCGAGUGGCGCUAACCACUACGCCACGAAACGCAGAUCCUCCACGUAGCUAACGGCGAGCGUUAUAUACACACCCUUUACCGCUGAAUGGACUCGGAGACGGCAGGCGCUUAUAAGCGUUUCUUCAUUACCAGCGAGAUGGCGCUAGGAGCGCGAUAGGCGCAUUUAAAAGUCGUCGGCGAGCUCGCUCGCUUCUUCUUAUAUUUGCGCAGGGAGAACCUUGCCCUUCCGCUGUCUGCUCGCGCGGUUUUCUCGUGGUGAGUGGAAGAGGGAUGUUUCAUGCUUUCACUGUGAUGUCCGCGCUCAUGUUACGGAGCAUACGAAAGUCACUCGUGCUCAAGGGACGCCGCUAAAUGAACAAACAGAAGAUGAGCGCGAACUAUCAAGUGUCACAGCUCGACACUUGAAGCACGCUGGUUUCCUUCGCUGCUUCGGCCGCCUUUGCAACAGGAGCGCUGUUCAAACUGAGAAUAUCCAUUGGCGAGCCUCACUUCGUAUAGCAUUAGUUUCUUGCUAUCGCAUUCAUUGCUUCGCCCUUGCGGCAAAACUGUGACUUUUUUUUCUUGCGCUGGCAGCAGUGAGGCUGGGAUGCUUCACUUGUCACUCAUUAGUAUCGCUACAUUGCAUUGCCUUGUGGCUCCUAAGGGCCAUCAUUUCUGCGGAUUUGCGGCUAAGUCGGGACCGGGGAAUUGGCACCCAAAGUUUUCGAAUUAACCGGGCUUACUGACCGCUGCUUCAAAUUAUCCACUCAAAUUUACAUUGCAAAAUACGGGGCCGAAGAAAUCCUUCUAAUUAUGCAGGAUUUUGAAAUAACAGAGUUCGAAUUAAUGAGGCUUUACUGUAUUACCCUCACAUCGAUUCAUCAUUUUUUUAAGUUUAAAAGCUUGUUAUACUGGCUGAUAUGCUCCAAGUAUAGUAAAUUUUAAAACGUAACAUAUUUUACAGGUUAUCACUUGCAUUCUGCUGAAAGUCAAAUCCUGCUAUUACUUAAAGUUGCUUCCACUUCCCUUUGAACCAAAAAGAAUGACAUAUGCAUAUGCCUUGUUUCAACAUUAAAAAUAUUGCGCUGGUUAGUUGGGUCAUCACAAAUAUGCUCAUUUUUCUUUUUAAUAUGUGAUAUAAAUUAUUCGAAUUCGCUUCAAUCAAAUCACUAUUCGCUUCGAAUUCGCUUCGGACCUAAAAUUUACUAUUCGCACAAGCCUGCUAAGAAGCCUUUAAAAUCCUAAGUAUGUGAAUAAAUUUCUAUGUAUCGCUGUAGUUUUUAUUUUAGCUUGCUUUUAGUCUUUUCUGGUCAGUUUGCUUUGCCGAACAAAGAUAUGUACAGCUAAAUUGUUACCUAGUGUUUGAGGAGUCACUUUGGGCUUGCUCAACAAUGACUUUGCUUGUGACAUUCAGUAGUGAAUGGUGCUGCAAGUUAAGGCAUGCAAGAGCAUCUUAGUAUGUGCAUAUUAUUUGCGUAUUCUGAAUGUGUCUGAAGAACUUGGGUUUAGUAUGAUGUUACCUGUGUUAUAGAGGUCAGUAUAAAGGACUCUUCAGAUUAACUGCCGGCUCCUAUCUGCACUCAGAUUUCACAUACCACAGUAUUAGAACAUUGCCAUGCAUUUUAGUUGCGCAAUAACACGCUGGGUGCAGUACUCUCCUACUUUGUUCAGAACAGAAACCAUAUUUGUUGUUAUGCGUUGUGGAAAGCUACAUGUGCAUGAAAUUUUGCGCAGAGGAACCAAUGAACCUGCCAUUCCUCUGAUAAGCUCUUCCUAACUGUUACACUAAAGGCAUAUCAGCAAGUGCUGAUCAGAAGAUGAUAGAAUUAGAUUCUGUACAAUAGCCUCAAGGCUAAGCUCGACGCAGACUACAGUCACAAAAAAGAAAUAUAAGGCACACUGCAUUACUUUUGCCGAGACAAUUUCACGGGAAGUGGCAGGUUUUCAUCAUACAGAGGUGUGUGCUAAGGCAUAUCUUUUCCUUUGUUGUAUCUAAUGUGUACCUCACACAGUAUAGUCAAGAUCACAGCCUUUGAAAUUUCAAUGACUGCACACCCCCAAAACUGCUUCAAGGCAUUAUAUAUGCGUGUGUUAUGUGCUGUCACCAUUUCAGUGACUAGUUGAAAUGACAUCAUUUCGUUAAUGAACUUGCGUUGCUGCACCUGCAGUCAAGUACUUUAUUUUCUUAGACAUUGAUGCAACCAGCAUUUCCCCAAAAGCAAAAGGCAGCUUAACCGUCAAAAAAAAUCAACUGCCAUACUUCAGCAACAUCUUUGUAGCCAGAUGUAACUGGAUUAGAAACAGCGUUAAAACUUCUUUUAGCAACUCGUUGAAGGAACAAAGUUGAAAAGCAUUAUGCAAGUGCACUGUCCACAUUAGUCAACAGGUGGAACUGUCUUGCACUCAACCACUCAACCAAGCCAAAAAAGCUUCUUUAGCCAAGUCUGUUUGUGAAUACGUGUUUACUACAGAUGAACAUAGCAACAUUAUUUCGUAUUAUGUUUUCUUUUUACCCCUCUGUACCACAUUGUUUGUUGAUUCAUCUAGUCCCCUUUUCGAGCCUUGAUGGUUCUCGGCCAUCGACUUAGGUGCUACUUUGACAGGCGUUUGCUAAAGAGCACGAAACUCAUCCCGCUUGAAUGUCUCCAACGAAUGCUAGGGUUUUUCCCCAUGAUUGCCGGUGUGUCGAAAGAAAGUGUCUGUAUCAGCGCUGACAAGUGAAGCCGCACACAAAAGACAAUGAUGUAGUUCUGUAUAAAAAAAACAUAGAGGCUCCUGUUUAUUCAUGCCGACUAGAAAAUGCACACACGCAUCAGAUUCCAUCCACUUGCUUGUUUAUGUACAAUGUUAAAACUUGUUCUCUCUUGCUGGCAUUGUGUGUUGGCUACCCGUGCACCUCUCGCAUUCUUCUCUUCUUUUCUUGGAGUGUUGCACAUUGGUGAACGUAAAGUCCUUGUGUCAAGCUCAUCAUCGAAGCAAUGUGCAAGUGAAAAAGUGUGAUUGCGAAGGAUUGCUUUUUACAUUACAUCACUCCAUCUUUCCAAGCUUGCAUUCUCGUCACAGAAAUAAAUUAGUAUGUACAUAA